GCUCUCACGGAAGUUGAAACAGGAUAUCCGGUUCAGUUGACACAGCUGGCUUGUUAUUUGGACAUUUUGACGCUAGCUAGCAGAGCACCUCAACACGAACAACACACUUUAACCUUCUUCACUCUUCUUCCAAAAUGGGAUGUGACGGUGGAACGAUACCCAAAAGACACGAAUUGGUGAAAGGGCCGAAGAAAGUCGAGAAGGUUGACAAAAAUGCAGAGUUGGCCGCCAAAUGGAAAUACUGCGCCCUGAGUCAGGAGAAACUCAGGCGUCCAAUUGUUGCUUGCGAACUGGGAAGGCUUUAUAACAAAGAUGCCGUCAUUGAGUACCUUCUGGAUAAAUCUGCCGAGAGACCAAACACCGAUGCUGUAACACACAUCCGUGGAACCAAGGAUAUUAAAGAACUCAACUUGACUGAUAACCCAGAGUGGGAGGGAGAGAGAAGGAACACGAAAGGAGACAGAUAUGAGGACAUCCAUUGUGGAAUGUUUAUUUGCCCCGUCGUCGGUCUCGAGAUGAACGGCAAGCACAGGUUCUGUUACCUCCAGACGUGUGGUUGUGUUUUCUCGGACCGUGCCCUCAAGGAGGUCAAGACAGAAAUCUGCCACAAGUGCGGGGACCCCUUUCAGAACACAGACAUCGUCGUGCUCAACGGAACAAAGGAGGAUGUGGAAAAACUGAGAGACAAAAUGGAGGAGAGGCGAGCCAAAGCCAAAACUAAGAAAUCAAAGAAGAGCAAACCUGCUGAGAGUGUGUCUGCCCCGUCAGAAGCAAAAGGUGACACGCAAGUGAAUGAAGUGCAAAAUGGCUCACUGGAAAACGGUGACAGCAGCCAAUCAGACCAAGCGGGCGGCUCGGGCGCCCCCCGCCUCUCGAGUUCCUUCAACGGCGGCAGGCCGACCUUGGUCGCCUCCAAGCGAUCCAUCCAGGAGAUGGAGGAGAAGUCGGAGGCUUUCAAGUCCAUCUUCACCACCCACAGCUCUGCCAAGCGCACUAAAGAUCAGACCUCCAACUGGGUCACCCACACGCCGUACCACUUCUAACUCUCGAACGCACAUCACCUUCCCCCCGGCGGCGCGAACUCCUUCCGAGCGUGUUGCCCACAACUUCCAUAUUUUGUUUUUGAAAUGUUCCGGACAGUUUUGAUAGCUCCCCAGGCUCCUCACACACGCUUAUUUUGUGUGUCCCCUCUCUCUCGCUCAGGUGCUUUGAGAAUUACACCAGGAGUGGUUCUUUUUCCCUUUUGGCAACAGCAAAGCCCUUUUCAUAACAAAGCCCCCCCACCACCACCACCACCACCCCCCCCUACACCAAAUAGACUAUAUUGCCAAAAAGCGCUCGCUCACCUGCCUUUACUUGCAUAUUGAACACAUAUACACGCAUAGAAAAUUAUUUUAUUUGUAUGAUAACAAAAGUCAAAUCAAAAUUGACCAAUCCAGAAAUCCUGCAGAUGGGGUUUUGCAUUUCUGCUAUUGAUUUGAAUUUAAGUGGCAGCCCAUUCUUAAGCCGUUGUUUUAAUAUGACCUUGGACAAACUUUUUAGCUACUGCAGUUUGAACUACUAGGAAGGGGCUUUUAUUUGUACAGCACAUUUCAUACACAGUGGCACGGUGGAUCAGCUGCUAAAGCGUUGGCCUCACAGUUCUGAGGACCUGGGUUUGAUGCCGGCCCCACCUACGUGGAGUUUGCAUGUUCUCCCCCGUGCCUGUGUUGGAUUUUGUCCGGGCACUCAUCUUUCCUCCAACAUCCUAAAAACAUGCAACAUUAAUUGGAGACACUAAAUUGCCCCGUCGGUGUGAUUGUGAGUGCGCCUGUUUAUCUCGAUGUGCCCUGUGAUUGGAUGGCGACUAGUUAAGGGUGUACCCCGCCUCCUGCCCGUUGACAGCUGGGAUAGUCUCCAGCGCUCCUGUGACCCUUGUGAGGAUAAGUGGCUAAGAAAAUGGAUGGAUGGAUUUCAUACACGAGGUAACUCAAAUGUGCUUUAGAUGAUUAAGAGCAUUUAAACACAAAGACAUAAAACUUCAAAGGGGGGCUUUCCACAAAGUUUAGACAUGAUUAUGAAAAUUUUGAACCAUUCUUCCAAAAGCGCACUUGUGAGAUCACACUCCAACGUUUGGAUGAGGAGGUUCUGUCUUUCCUUUUAAUUCAUCCCAAAGGAUUUCUACCCGGUCUCAUGCAAUGUGUGUGUGAGACCUCAAAAAUGUGCUUCAGGAAGAGUGAUUGAAAAAAAUAAAAAAAACUCCCUCACACCUAAAGCUUGUGGAAAGCCUUCCCAGAAGUGUUAAAUCUGUUACAGCUCCAAAGGGUGGACGGAUGUCAAAUGUCACUUCAGCUUGUAUGCAGGUCAAGGCAGAUGUUUGAAUACUUUUGCCAAUGUUGGGGUUUCUUAUCUCGUCCCGAUUGUUCUCAUGAUAGGAACACAGACUCUAAUUUUUAAACAUCAAAACCGAUAACGAUUACAAUUUGAGGGAGCUUGCACCCAAUGAGUUCGAGGUCAAAGCCUUUUUCCACCCACCUCACAAGUUAAUUGCUUAUUUUAUUUUAAAAGUUGUUCGAAUAUCAGGCGGUAGUUGGCCUUUGCCGGAAGGGGAAAAUGCUCAUUUUGGCCUGGAAUUUGUCUACCUUGCAUUGCCAUUUAUGCUAAGUCAUUUGUAUUAGUAAUGUGUUCUUUCUUAAAGCAUUGAUAUCAAAAUAAAGCCAUAUAAUCCUUUAA